UAUACUUUCUCCCUCUCUCUGUGUGAAAAUGUCUGCAACCGGAGACUUCACGGUGAGAGUGAGGAAGAAGGAGGUGGUGAGAGCAUUGCUGCCAUUACAGGAGCAUUGGCUUCCUCUCUCCAACCUCGACUUGCUUUUGCCUCCAGUCGACGUUAGCGUCUUCUUCUGCUACUCAAAUUCCGACGCGAUGAGCUUCGCCGCCAUGGUUGCCGUUCUCAAGAAAUCCUUAGCCGAGACCAUCGUCUCGUACUAUGCCUUCGCCGGCGAGCUCCUCCUCAACUCUGCCGGCGAGCCGGAGCUGCUCUGCAACAACCGCGGCGUCGAUUUUAUCGAGGCUUAUGCCGAUGUUGAGCUUCGAAAUCUUGAUUUGUAUAAUCCGGACGCCUCCAUUCAAGGCAAACUUGUUCCUGAGAAGAAGCGCGGCGUGCUCUCCGUUCAGACAACUGAACUGAAAUGUGGCGGAGUAGUGAUUGGAUGCACCUUCGAUCAUCGCAUAGCAGAUGCAUACUCUACAAAUAUGUUUUUCGUAUCAUGGGCGGAAAUGGCUAGAUCUACUCCCAUGUCUGUGAUUCCAUGUUUCAGGCGCUCUCUCUUAAAUCCUCGCCAUCCGUCGCAUCUUGACCCCUUCAUUGACCAACUUUUUCAAACCAUUUCUUUAUCCAAAAUUUCUCAUCAACACACUGAAAACCUUCUCAGUCGUAUCUAUUACAUCAAAGCUGAACACUUGUAUAAUUUCCAAUCACUUGCCAGUUCCAAUGGCAUCCCAAGAAGUAAGUUAGAAUCUUUCAGUGCUUUUCUUUGGAAAUUAAUGGCCCAAUUUGCAGAGCAAAACAACAAGAUGAUCUCCAAAAUGGGAAUUAUCGUAGACGGAAGAACAAGGUUUAGCAAUGAAAGAAACGAAACUGCAAAAAUCAUGGCCUCUUACUUCGGAAAUGUGUUGUCAAUUCCAUAUGGUGAACAUAAAGUGAAUGAGCUGGUUGAGAGGCCCUUGUUCUGGGUGGCUAACGAGGUGCACCGUUUCAUAGAAAAUGCGUUAAACAGAGACCAUUUCUUAGGACUUAUUGAUUGGGUGGAGGCGCACCGACCGCAACCAACUGUAGCUAAAAUUUAUAAGGAGGGAUCCAAUGAUGGACCCGCAUUUGUGGUGUCUUCAGGUCAAAGAUUUCCAGUGUGCGAGAUAGAUUUCGGAUGGGGAAGACCAAUUUUUGGAUCUUACCAUUUCCCAUGGGGCGGCCAGACUGGGUAUGUUAUGCCAAUGCCCAGUGCCACUAUCAAUGGCGAUUGGGUGGUGUAUAUGCAUCUUCUAAAGGAGCAAUUGGAGUUUAUAGAGAAUGUGGCUAGCCAUAUUUUCAGGCCUCUCACUGCAGAUUAUCUCUGCUUCAAUUGAUUAUCUCUGCAGAUUAUCUAUUGUGUGCUUAUCAAUAGAUUUUUAAUUAUUAUU